AGGGAAUUAGGCAGGUGGAAACAUGUCUGGAAAACCCAAGCUGCACUACUUCAAUGGACGUGGCCGCAUGGAAACAAUUCGGUGGCUCCUGGCAGCAGCUGGGGUUGAGUUCGAAGAAUCUUUUGUGGAAAAAAAGGAGGAUCUGACAAAGUUACAGAAGGAUGGAUCCCUGCUCUUUCAGCAAGUGCCGAUGGUAGAGAUAGACGGGAUGAAGCUGGUGCAGACCAGAGCCAUUGCCAACUACAUAUCAACCAAGUACAACCUCUACGGGAAGGACGUGAAGGAGAGAGCCCUAAUCGAUAUGUACGUGGAAGGAAUGUUCGAUCUAAAUGAGUUACUCAUGACAUAUGAAAUCCAACCAGCAGACAAAAAGGAGCAGCAUUUUGCAAAUAUGAUGGACAAGGCUGAAAACAGAUACUUCCCAGUCUUUGAGAAGGUUUUGAAAGACCAUGGAAAAGACUUUCUGGUUGGCAACCAGCUGAGCAGGGCAGAUAUUCAAUUACUUGAAGUCAUUUUGAUGGUAGAGGAGUGGAAGCCUGAUAUCUUUGCCAAAUUUCCUCUCUUGCAGAGUUUCAAAGCAAGACUAAGCAAUAUCCCCACAAUAAAGAAAUUCCUGCAGCCUGGCAGCCAGAGGAAGCCGCCAGCAGAUGACGAUGUUGUAGACAAAGUGAUGAAAAUUUUCUACUCCUGAGCAGCACCCUAAAGCCACAGAAACUCUGUUUCAUUGUAUUUGCAGAUAGUAGGAAGGUGAAAUUAAUGAAAAGAAUGGAAAUGUCAAAUUAUUGGAACAAGUGCAAAAAUGGUUUUGAUCUUUCCUUAGCAACAGGGUUGGUUUUAGCCUACUGCAGACACUUCAGUGUUAAACUACAUGAGUGUACCAGCAAACGAAACAGUUCACUAAAUAGGGGGUAUAUUGGACAACACAGAAUGCCUUAGAUAAGUAAAAAACUACCUGAAAUAAAUUCUUACUAUUGAUAUUCAAAACCUGGCUGUUCAUUGAUUUCUUGCUGCAACUUCUAGGCCUAAGGUCUGUCUGGUUUUGUUUUUCUGCCAUUCGCAAGACUUGUUGCAAAAUUAGGAGAGAUUAUCCCAAAUAGGAGGCCAUGUUUUUUUUUUUUUUCCCUAGGAAAUUCGUAGAAAAGCCUGCAUGUUCUGGCUAGUUGAGGCUGAAAGUUUGGAUUCAGCUUUCCUCUGAGCUUAACUUGGAAUAUCCUUGGACCAGAGCUCCUAGUGUAC